AUGGCAGACGCUCUGGCACCCAUUGAACAUGCGAUCAAAAGCAAUUUGGGCCACGCGGCCAAGUCCACCACGGAGCCCUUGGCGGCGCAGGUGGGCUGGAAACUCCCGGUGAUUCCGGAAGGUGCCCUCACCACCAUCAUCCCGGUGGCAUUUCCGCUGGACAGUCUACCCGAAGAGAAGCGAGAAAAGAUGGUGCAGAAGAUGGAGGUCCUUGUGGUCUUUCUGCUGGCCUUCAUGAUUUGGGCACUGCCUUUGGUCUUGAUCAACCGUGGACUUUGCUGCCGGUGUUUCCAGAGAUGCCUCUCUCGACAUGUCAGCUGUUACUUCUGCUUUGGUGUGGUCUUUGUUUUGAGCGCCGUGAGCUACAUGGUUGCCAAAGAGCCCGACGUCAACGCCAAUGAUCUGUUUUUCGAAUUUGUCAAUCUCUUGGAGCUCUUGUCCGACAAGCUUGAAGCGGUCUUGAUGCAAGUCUCCCUGGUGCUAGGAUUGUUGCUGGCCUGGAUGAUGAGGAAAAAGAUCCUGAGCCUCCUUGGCUACGACCAGCAGGUGGUUCGUGCCGAUCUCAAGGACGUGCUGACCUUCUUUCAGAUGAGUCGUUUCUCCACCAUCGAGGUGACGCUCUGGAAAGUGGAGGAUCUUCCUGCUGGCUUCUCUUCGCGCACUCUCUUUGUCCGUAUGCUCCUGGGCUUUAACGAGCCACAACACUCGCGACCUCAUGAUGGGUGCACCACUUCAAUGGUGUUGCGCGAGAAGUUUCAGCUCAAUUACGAUCCAGAGGACAACACACAGCAGCUGUCCAUCGUCAUCAAGCAACAGGAGUUGGUGGGCAACGCCGUGUCGCAGCUCGCGCCGGUGGCGGGCGCCCUCGUGGGCGCCGCCGGCGGUCUUGUGACUCCUCUGGGCCCGGCCGCGGGAGCCGGCUUGGGCGUGGUCACCGGUGUGGGCGCUGCGAACUCCUUGGGGGUCGAGGUUGCGCGGGUGGAUCUGUCCAGCAUCAUGGUCAACAACUUCCGGAACGAGGGUAGAGCCUUCCAGGUCACUGAUCGAUCAGUGAUUGGUACAGCCAGGCCGUACAACGACCAGAAUUUCAUCAAGGUCAAGGCGUUCAUUGAAGAGUCGAUGCUGCGCCAAUUCAGUGAGUGGGGGACCACCGCUGCUGUGGCUUUUUGUGCCAAAGAACAGAUGGUGACGAAGCAAGACCAGGGUCCCAGCCAUUUGCAGGCCCAUGAUUUCUACGCUUCUCUCAACUUGGAGCCCAAUGCCACGGAAGCUCAGGUCCGAAAACACUUCCGACUGCUGGCGUUGCAGUGGCAUCCAGAUAAGCAUCCAGUGGAGGGUCCCGAAAGGACCCAGGCCACUGAGAUUUUUCAACAGAUCAACAAGGCUCAUGCAGUUCUGUCGGAUCAGAAGCAGCGCGAACGUUAUGAUGUGAUCUGGCAGCAGAGGCAUCGAGGUCAUCAUCGCGUGCCUUCCUGGGCGCAGGUCACUGGCAAGGAGGGCGGCUUCGGUUCCAGAGAUCGUGUAGAGGUUCCUCCGGCGAACUUCGCUCCGGAGCCGCGGUCGCGAGUGCAUUUGGUGAAGCCUCAGCCUGGCCGGCGAUUCUCAGAGUCCUCAGGUAACUCUGCCAAUGCCAAAGCUUCCAGUGCCACGACCAGGCCACAAGCUGCUUCUGAAGACCGAGCGAAGGCCCAAGAGAAAGCGAAGCCAAAGGACAUCAGCCUGCAGAAGAAGGAGAAGGAGCGUGCUGCAGCUCAAGCCGAAUGGCUCAAGAACUCCCGGCAGGCCGUCCCAAAGAAAGUGGCUUCGAAGGUGAUCCCAAAGGAGCCGGAGGAGCACAAUGAGCAGAGCGUCAUUGAGGAAUAUCGUCAAAAGAUGGCCAAGCAGGCGGAAGAGCUGGCGGAAAAGGCCAGAGAUGAACGUCACAGGCCACAGAGGCGCUCCUCCGUGUCUGCAGUGUCGGAGAAGGUCGCAUCAGUCCCUUCACCAGCUGUGAGUUCGCCUCCGAAGGAGCCUCGUCGGUCUGAGGGCCGCCAGGGAAGCCCCAAGUCGGACCUGUGGGCGGGCGAGACCUUGCAGAAGGUGGCGUCAGAUGUCGCGACCAUUGCCUCAGAGGUGGGUUCCUCCGUCGCGUCACUGUUCAGUGGCUUCAACACGGGUGAUUGGUGGAAGCCCAGGCCGAUCCUCGCGGAGGUGAAGCCAUCGCCUUCGGCGUGUCCCAGGUGUGGCCUCCAAAUGCCAAGAGCCCCUGGGGCGAACUUCUGCGCCCACUGCAGCUUCCGUGUGACCUGA